AUGUCUAGAAUUAGGAAUGAUAGUUGGAAGGAAGACGAAAAUUUGGAGAAAACCCUGAAGCAAUAUGUUAAAGAAGGUCUAAGACGUGAGGAGAUUCUCGAUUUUUUGCUUCGUGAUUUCCCAGAAUAUGCCUGGAGUUUGAGGACCCUGGAUAGAAGAUUGCAGUAUUUCGAUAUAAGUUAUACUGACCGAAAUGUCACGAUUGACCAGCUUCAAACAGCGGUUAGAAAGGAGAUGGAAGGGCCGGGACAGUUGCUGGGAUAUAGAGCUCUACAUAAGAAAAUUCGACAAGUACACGACCUUAAAGUACCUCGAGACUUGGUAUACGCAGCGAUGUAUGACGCUUUCCCAGAUGUUCUAGAGCAGAGAGCCCCCCAAUGUAAGAAAAAGAAGCCCAAAGGCCAUUUUUCGUCUCCAGGCCCGAACUUUGUACACUCACUAGAUGGCCACGACAAGAUAAUGGGCUAUCAAAAUAACACUUUUCCACUUGCAGUGUAUGGGUGCAUUGAUACAUGCAGUAGAAAAGUGUUAUGGGCUAAGGCUUGGACAACCAACAGCGAUCCAAAUGUUAUUGGCAGAUUCUACCUUGAAUACCUAUAUAAAACCAGAACUAUUGCAAGCAAACUGAGACUUGACAAGGGCACCGAGACCGGAGUAAUGUCUACAAUACACGCAUUUCUUCGACAGAAACAUGGUGACAUGGACCCAGUGGAAACUGUCAUCUUUGGGCCUUCAACUGCAAAUCAGAUUGAAAGGUGGUGGAGGGAACUCCAUGAAAGAUUGGAAAAAUUCUUCAAGUUUCCCCUUAAUCAACUUAAGGACCAUGGAUAUUAUGAUCCUCAAGAUGAAAAUGAUAGGUUGCUUCUAGCAUAUAUCAUGAUCCCAAUCAUCCAAAAGGAAAUUGAUACAUUUGUUGAUGUUGUCUGGAAUUCUCACAGAAUUCGUGAUCAAAAAAAUACGUAUCUCCCGGAUGGAGUACCCAACCAUAUUUAUAGCUUUGCAGAAAAAUAUGGACUAAAGGAAUGUGGAUUUGUGGUUACAGAGGAACAGCUUGAAGAAGUUGCUGAACUAUCAGAUGUGUUAUCCAGUAACAAUGAUUAUUUGCCAGCUCAAUUUAGGGUAAAGUGUGAAUUAGUCAUUGAAGAUCCAUUGGAACUUGAUGUUAAUGAUUUUUCAAAUGCUUUUCGCUACCUCAAGGAAAAUAUCAACUUUAAUGACCUAUCAACUGAGUCACAGGGGUAGUGUCAUUUUAAACCACCAUUCAAACAACUUGGAAC